UCGUUCGUGAAAUGAACAUUCGUGAUUAGUUUUUCAAAUGUUAGGAGUUUACAAUACUUAAUUGAAUAUUCACUGGUUAAAUAAUCGAGUUUGCUAAUAUUUGUAAAUUGAUAUUUUACCUAUCUACAUUAUUAGUGAUGUUUCGAACAGUGGCUUUCUUAUUUUUCGUGGUGGGGCAAUUCUUAUUCGUUAAAUCGCGAUAUUCGCCACAUCAUUAUGAAGAACAGAUUCAAGACGACGUACUUACUCGUAUAUCUGAGGUAACACCAGCUGUUUGGAGGGUAUCUCCUUCAGAUAUGAACUUUGAGUAUCCUGCACUAUCAGCGCACGUGUUUUCAGAAAUAAUUAAACGCGACAUCGAAUUCGACCCAUCAUCAUCCGCAUGGGCGGGUAUACUCGAUGAAUUUGCUCAAACGUCGAACGCCCAAGUACAAUUCAUGAAUGCCAUAUUUUACAAUCCAAAUAACACAAGGAAGCAGUCCGCGGACUACUUGAAACAGUACUUUCACGCCGAAGCCUACGAGAUAUCGCUCGGUGUCGUCAAUUCAAAUGAAGCCAUGUUUGCCUUAUUCGACGAAUGGCGGAGUAAAAUUACAAUCGAACGAGCGCGUCAAAGAGUGGACUACUUUAUGAAAGAAGAAUCCUUCCUUAUAGCCUCCGCAUCGAGCUUCACAAGUUGUUGGGAUACACCAAAAGCCUGCGCCAACUCCGUUAAAGAAAUGAAAUUUAAAACCUUAAAAGGGGAAAUCGAUAUCGAAGCUUUCAACGCCAAGGAAACCAUCGGUUAUUACAACAACGUCGAACAAAAAUACGAAGCCAUUAGAUUACCUUAUAAAAAGGGUGAAUUCGCCAUGAUCGUAGUGUUACCUAACCAAAAUCAGUCGUUGGAAUCCUUUAGUAAAUUUACAAAAAACGAUCAUGAACAAAUUUUACAACGUGUCGACGAAAAUCAUGAAAAUAUCGAUUACGUGAUCCCAUUUAUGACGGGGGAGUGGAUGUCGAUGAAUGAAAAGGGAACCAGCAUAAAUUCCGACGAUGAGAUUAUUUGCGAAUGGACUUCAGCUCAAGAGACUCGAGAAGUUAAUAAGAUCGAUUACAAACCAUUCCACGUGAAUAGACCAUUUGCGGUGUAUAUUUACCACGAAAGAACAAAAUUAGUUUUCAUGCAUGCGUUGAUCAAUAAUCCUCCAUUAGGAGCACAGAAAUUUUGUAAGGUGCUUCUGAGAGAGACGCCGCGCAAUGUAACCAUGGCAACGUGAUAAAGAGGCACGUUCAUCGCGGCUAUCCGGUUGCUAGUAUUGUGCAUAAAAGUUGUGCAAGUUAUUCCUCUUCAGAUUAUAACGUGUUGGGUUUUGUAUAAUAUUUUAAAUGUAGUAAAAACGUUUUCUUGUAGUUUUUUGCAAGCUUUUUAAUUGCGGAUUUUAGCCCUCCCUCCAAAUGAAGGUGCAACGGCCAAAAUUCUGAUUCCAAAUUUAUCCGAUAAAUUUUCCAAUUCUUCGAGGCGUUCGUGAACGUUUUCAAUAAUAUUUGGCCGCGCUCGGUUUUUUGAUUUUUGUUUAUGUACUCGCUAAAAUUGCUCGCGUUUCUCAUUCCUUUCCAAUUCAUUGUACGUCAAUGUUCUUUCAUUUUUUCUCAUUAUUUUUUAUGUACGCGAAUUCGUGAAAUUUAUAAAUGUCUAUUUUUCCAUGUAUUUUUCAUAUUUUCUUUAUAAAUGAUUUUGUUUAAUGA